CCCAACUCGUCCGGAACCCAGCUAAUGCAUCAUACCGCCAUGACAGUCCGAAGACCCGCUCCGCUUUGUUUACAUUUGGUAGAGGGGGCGGGGCCUAGUGCAGCCGUACGCGAUUGGUUGAUAUCGUCGAUGACGUCGCCGCUACACUCUGAUUGGGUCGUCAACUGGGGCUGUCCCGCGAUUUGCCUGAACAGACGGACAGUUAAAAUACGUGUGAGCUACGAUCAAACCACAGCUGCCAACAUUUUUCUUAUAGACUUUAUAGAAUUGUUUCGUAUUAAACAUACAAACCGUUUACUCUCAUCAAUGGAGCAGCUCGAACACGAAAAUCGCGUUCGGCCCACCGUCUAUAGAAGCCAACGCGGCGUAUCCGACCCGCGUAUUACGUUGAGGAGGGACGCUUUUUGGCCAAAGAGCAGGACACGGGGCGCAUAAUAAGCUGUCUCCAUGACUGUGUCGCCUCUCUGCCCGGGGACAAGCUGCAGAAUGUCUGCAGAAUUGGGCUGUCGGGACAAAUGCACGGGGUCUUGUUCUGGAGGGCCGGGACAGGUUGUCAGUGGUCCAAGAAUUUCUUCACUGCCAGAGAUAGCAGUCAGCUGAUCACCUGGCAGGAUGGGCGCUGCAGUCAUAGCUUCCUGUCCUCUCUUCCAAAGCCAGACUCACACCUCAGCUUAGCCACAGGGUUUGGCUGUGCCACAAUCUUCUGGUAUACGAAACACAGACCAGAGUUCCUUGCAGACUUCACGGUGGCAGGUACCAUACAUGACUAUGUGGUGUCCAUGCUGUGUGGUUUGGACAACUGUGUGAUGACUGCUCAGAAUGCGGCCAGCUGGGGCUACUUCAACACCACCACCAACCAGUGGAACAUGGACAUCUUGAAAGACGCUGGCUUCCCUUUGCAUCUGCUCCCUCAGUGCGUGGCUCCUGGUUGCCUGGCUGGGCAGACAUGCUCUGAAUGGCUUGGUAUCCCUGCUCAUACGCCAGUAGGGGCGGCCCUGGGAGAUUUCCAGUGUUCAGUCUACUCCUGCAUGGCUGCCCGGACAGACGCAGUUCUCAACAUAAGCACCUCAGCUCAGCUAACCUAUGCAAUGCCAGCUGACUUUAAGCCUCCAGAUGUUCCUCAGCCCACCUCCUCCAUCUCUUACUUUCCCCACUUUGAUGGCUCUUACUUGUCAGUGGCAGCAUCACUCAAUGGGGGAAAUGUGCUAGCCACUUUUGUUGGGAUGCUUAGUGCAUGGAUGAAAGAGCUUGGUAUGGAGGUUGAUGAUUCAAGUAUAUAUGACAGGCUGAUUCAUUGCGGACUGAGCCAGGAAAACAGUGAGCUGAGGGUGAGUCCUACCAUCUUAGGGGAGAGACACAACCCUCUCUGUCUGGGCCAGGUGGCCAACAUCUCCACCGCCAAUCUGUCUCUGGGCCAUGUGACCAGAGCCGUGUGCCACGGAGUCCUGGACAACAUUACCUCCAUGAUGCCCGCUGUCCUUCUGCGGGAGGCGGGGGUGAAGAGGAUCGUAGGCAGUGGGAGCGCGCUCUCUCGCAACAAAGUGCUAAGGCAGGAAGUAGAGAGGGCAUUUCCUCUGCCUGUGGAAUACGGACAACAUGUAGACUCUGCUGUCGGUGUGGCAAUGGCCUUUUGUGACAGGCUUGAAUAAGAAAUUCAAUCCAUGGGGGAAACACCCAGCGUGUUAAUGAUGUAAAUGACACAAAGCAUUUUUAAAUAAAAGUAAUAC